GAGCACUAUUUUUCUGGGCUCUAAAAAGAAAAAAAAAGCUCAGUAAGCUAAAUAAAUCUCUACCACAGAAGAAUCUAGAACCAGACAGAGAGAGACAGAGAGAGAGAGAGAUACCGAGAGAGAGAGAUACCGAGAGAGAGAGAUAUGAAGGAGAUGCAGGCAAUAGAGACGUCGCAGGGGACGACGACGGUGGCUCCGGCGGUGCAUAGCCGACAGUUGGGAGCUCAGUUGUCGGGGAGUAUGAGUUUCAGUAGCCAAAUGUCGAAAGAAGACGAGGAGAUGUCUAGGACUGCGUUGUCUGCGUUUAGGGCGAAAGAAGAAGAGAUCGAAAAGAGGAAAACGGAGAUUAGGGAAAGGGUUCAAGCUCAGCUUGGUCGUGUUGAAGAAGAGACUAAGCGUCUUGCUUUGAUCCGUGAGGAACUUGAAGGUUUAGCUGAUCCCAUGAGGAAAGAAGUUGCUUUGGUUAGGAAGAAGAUUGAUUCUGUCAACAAAGAAUUAAAGCCAUUGGGCCAUACAGUUCAGAAAAAGGAACGAGAGUACAAAGAAGCUCUUGAAGCAUUCAACGAUAAGAAUAGAGAGAAGGUGCAGCUUAUCACCAAGCUAAUGGAGUUGGUGGGAGAAAGCGAAAAGAUGAGAAUGAAGAAGCUGGAAGAGCUAAGCAAGAACAUAGAUUCCAUACACUGACUUUGAAUCCAAGAGAGAAGCAAAACUUCUUGGGACAGAGAUCAUUCUCUGAGUGUUUUAACUCUACGUUUAGGUUUGGGGGGUGGUGGUGAAUGUAAUUUAUAUUUUAUAAUCGUCGUGUGUUAUAUUACUACUACAACUAUUAUUAUCUUUGUUAGGGUUUCUUGGAGAUUUAUAAGGGCAAUGUUUUUUUUAGGAAGUAACUUCAAAAAAAUACUCUCAUCAAGACAGGUUUGUAACUAAACACUUCUUUUUCUUCUUCUUCUUUUCUCUGAACACUUUCUCUU